AUGUACAAGUUAGUCGUUCUUGCAGCGCUGGCAGCCGUCGUCGCCGCCGAUUACGCACCACCGAAGUACGAAGCACCGAAGUAUCACGCUCCGGCUCACCAUGCUCCAGCCCCUCACUACGCACCGCCAGCCCAUCACGCAGCACCGGUUAAGUGCGGCGCUAACCUGCUAGUCGGAUGCGCCCCGAGCGUAGCGCACGUGCCGUGCGUCCCAUCGCACGGAGGAUACGGUGGACACGGUGGCGGACACGGACACGGAUACGGCCCCGUUGGUAGCCCACACCGAAGUGCCGACUCCGAGGCAUUCGAAUCCUUUGAGUAA